GCCGGAAGUGCCGCACCGGAAGUGAAGGCGCCGCCAUCUUGAGGCGCCGUUGGCGGCGGGUGGGGGUCGAUGUCGUCCAACGUUGGGGACCAGCGCGCGGCCGAGUGGGCCCCCCAGUUUGCGAUGGGGGGGGGUCGCGAGGCCCCGGAGGCGCCGCACGAGAACCCGGAGUGGGAGAAAGCGCGUCAGGCGCUCGCCAGCAUCAGCAAGGGGGGGGCCAGCAGGGGGGGGGGCGCCGGGGGGGGGCAGUUCUCGGCCCCCCAGGGGGACCCCAACUUGCAGCCCCCCCCCUAUUACCCCUGGUAUCAGCCCUACGGCACCGGCUACGGCUACUACGGCUACUAUGGCUACCCCGUGGGUGUGUAUUCGGGGUACGGGGCGACGCCGGCGGCACCGUACGGCGCGGGGGGGGGGCGGCUACGGAACAGCCCCCCAACAGCCCCCCCCCGCGGGGCAGCAGAGCGGCCUGGGGCAGCAGCCGCCGGUACCGGGCCUGGAGGAGCCCCCCCCGUUUGGGGGUGCGCAGCCCCCCCCGCCCCCCGGCGCCCCUCCCCCCCCGGGGCCGGAGGGGGUCCCCCCGGAGCGGCCGCAGCCCCGUACCCCUCCCCCACCUUCGGGGACGGAACCCCCCGGGCCAAGAAGGGGGGGGGGCAGCCCUGGAGCCGCAUCAAACAGGCUCCGGGUUCCGGAGGGCUGAAGUUCCACCUCCCGAAGCGUCCGUUUGUCCUCACGGGCUCCUCCGGCAGCGGCGGCACCGCGGCCACGGGCGCCUUCGGGGGACAGACGGGCCCCGAGAAACCCCACGGCGCGGUGCCGUCGGAGGCGGUGCCGGUGCCGCUGCGGUGCCGCGGGGCGAAGCCCGAGGCGUGGCCGCCGGCCAUGAAGGCGUACGUGCAGCGCUGCUUCACCGCCUGCGAGUCGGAGGAGGACAAGGACCGCACCGAGAAGCUGCUCAAAGAGGCGCUGCAGGCGCGGCUGCAGGACGGCUCGGCCUACACCAUCGACUGGAGCCGCGAGCCGCUGCCGGGGCUGAGCCGCGACGGCGCCGCCUCCGAGAGCCCCAAGAAGAAGGCGCCGCGUUGGGAAUCUCCGUCGCUCACGUCCCGCCCGGCGUCGGCUUCGGCAAAUCCGGCAGCGCCGCCGCGAGGAGCCGGCGGAGGGGGGGGGGGCGGCGGGGGGGGCUCUUUGGGGCCCCCCCAACGCGGCCGAACCCGCGGCGCCGCUUUCCCGACCAAAUUCGGCAACCGGAACGUCUUCAUGAAAGAAAACAGCUCUUCGUCCAGCGCCGGAUCCCGAUCCCGAUCCCGAUCCUCCUCCCGAUCGCCCGGGAGGCAUUUUCGGCGCAGCGAUUCCCACUCGGAUUCCGACAGCUCCGGCGCCGAGAGCCGUCCCGGCACCCGCCGGGGACCCCCCAAAAACCGCGGCCGGGGGGGACACGUGGAGCGCGGCCGCGGGAGGAUGCAGCGCGGGAAGAGACACGAUCAGGGUCCGUCCAAGCGGAACCGCAAACGCGCGGCGAUGGAUUACGAAGACCCGGAGAAGGAGUUCAAGAAGCAGCGGCGAGCGGCGCGCUUCCAGCCCGGACACCCCAAAAAGAUGCGCCCGGAGCCCCUCGUCCUCCCGCUCGGCGGCUCCGACGCCUCCGGCGCCUCCGAAGCGCCCGACUGGAACGAGCUCAAGAUCCAGGGAACCUGCCAGGAGGUCACCAAGCGCUACCUGCGCCUCACCGGCGCUCCCGACCCGGCCUCCGUGCGCCCCGUCCCGGUUCUCCGUCGCGCUUUGGCGUUGGUGCGAACGCAUUGGGAUCAAAACCGCGAUUACGCCUUCGCCUGCGAACAGAUGAAAUCCAUCCGACAGGACCUCACCGUUCAGGGCAUUCGCACCGAGUUCACGGUUGAGGUGUACGAGACUCACGCCCGUAUCGCCCUCGAGAAGGGGGACCACGAGGAGUUCAACCAAUGUCAAACGCAGCUGAAAGCGCUUUACAGUGAGAAUCUUCCCGGACACAUCGGGGAGUUCACGGCGUAUCGCAUCCUCUACUGCCUCUUCACCCGCAACUCGGGGGAGCUGACGACGGAGCUGGCGCUGCUGACGCCGUCCCUGCGCGCCGACCCCGCCGUGGCUCACGCUCUCGCCCUUCGCGCCGCUUGGGCUCUCGGCAACUUCCAUCGCUUCUUCCGGCUGUACCGGGCGGCGCCGGCCAUGGCCGCGCGGCUCAUCGACAAGUUCGCCGAACGGGAGCGCCGCGCCGCCCUCCGCGCCAUGAUCAAAGCCUUCCGGCCGCGGCUUCCUCUGGGGGUGCUGCGUCGGGCGUUGGCGCUCGAGUCGGGCGACGCGGACGCCUUCGUGGCUUCGCUGCCCCUCAGCCUCGCCGGCCCCGACGCCAUCGACUGCAAACAGAGCCUGACGGCCCUGCCCCACAUCUGACCCACGGCGCCGCCCCACGGCGACCCACAGCGACCCACAGCCCUCCUCCGCUGCCCCACGGCGACCCCUCCCUCACACGUGCUGCCCCACGGCGACAACACAGCCGACCCGUGCUGCCCCACGGCGACCCACAUCUGUCCCGUGGUGCCCCACGGCGACCCACAGCCGACCCGUGCUGCCCCACGGCGACCCACAUCUGUCCCGUGGUGCCCCACGGCGACCCACAGCCAACCCGUGCUGCCCCACGGCGACCCACAUCUGUCCCGUGGUGCCCCACGGUGACCCACAGCCAACCCGUGGUGCCCCAUAGAGACCCACAUCUGUCCCGUGCUGCCCCACGGCGACCCACAUCUGUCCCGUGGUGCCCCACGGCGA